AUGGAGGAUCCCCAGCCCACUUCAGUCCCAGUUAACACUCCAGACAGUACUGGCCAUGUAGCAGCACCACAGCAAGAACAUGAUCUUGUACAAACUGAUGUCCAAGGAACAUCUUUGGAACUACUAUCAGCAGCAGCUGAAAUCAAAAGGCUACAACAACAAGUUCAUCAGUCUGAAGUCUUAUUCAAUGAAUACAGAGUGUGGUAUGAACAACAUGAAGCUACAUUCGGAAAUCCUGUAAGUGAUGACAAACCCAAACCACUGACUGUUCAGGAGAUUUUAAAGGAGGAAUCACAGAUUCAAGGAUUAUUUGAAUAUUAUACAGGAUUCAAAUUCUCAACAUUCCAGGCCCUACUUGACUUUCUCACUAUUCAUGCCCCACAACACCAUAAUAACAGGAAAGACAUAGUUAACAUGGAGUGCGAGGAUAAACUGUUGUUAACAUUGAUGAGACUGCGACACAAUUUUGGUCUUAAAGAUCUGGCUUUUAGAUUUGCUAUCUCCACUCAAGCAGUGAUUUGCAGAACAGGAUGCGAACCUCUGGCAUACCGUGAACCGUUGUAAGUUCGCAGGUCCCUGUCGCAGAUGGAAAAACUUGUAAACUAGGCCUGCUGCACAUCAGAUCUUGUCACUCUUAGAUAUUGAAGAAUGGAGGAAGGGUAAUACUAUAUAAUUUUGGGAAUGGGGCAUGGGGUAAUAAUGUACUGAUGAUUUGUUAUCAACACAGAAUUAAUGCUUUGUCCUUAAAAAGAGGACAAAAGGGAGGGAUAAAUGUCUAUGUUAUGCCUUUAUGUAAGCUGCUAUUCACUUCAUUUGCAGGACUUGGAUGAGUGCAUUAAAGGAAUAAUUAAAUAUAAUUAAUAUGACUCAUGUUUUAGACUUUUUAUUUCUUCACUG